UUUUUGAAUGAAAAUGUAUCGUGGCUAUGGUGUCUGACUGCGUUAUGUUUGUGACGAUACGUAAAUAAAUGGUAACUUUUAUGACCAGAUCAUUGUCAGUUACUAGCAUUUGUCCCAAAAUAGACGGAGGACUUACUGUGUAUACGAUGAUUCGGUGGUGUCUCGUGUCUCUACAGUAUGUAGCUCUGUGCGGAGCUUUGACCACUCAACCACCACCAUUAUGGGGUGGGUUCGGUCCAUUUUUCGGUUCUUCUUGGUGGGACCAGUCCAAUUCUAACACGGCGGUCCAGGUGGCACAGGCGCCGGGUACUGAUCAUGCUGCGGCGCCUGUAAUUUCGCCGCCAAACCUGUUCAUAGAACCAGUCGCUGCCCCAGCAACUAAACCGCCAUCCUAUGAGACAGCAACUCCUGUUAAAGUGACCAAACCCGCCGCCCCUGAGGUGCCAACAGAACCAUCAAUUUCGCUGCAUGACCUUAUCAGACUUGCUGUUGGAGGGAUGGGGAUGGGCCAUGAAGUGAAAGGCUCGUCCGAUGUUUUCAAAAAUAUAUUUUCUGGUUCAUCAAGAGACACUAAUGCAAGUUCGUCGGAUUCAAAUCUUAAAUCUAAGAUACAAGAAACUACAAUAAAAACAGCUAUCAAAACCAUACAAAAACUGGCUACAACGGCUCCUGCAACGAAAGUUGCAGAGGCACCAGCAACGCAGAACAAAGUGGCACCAGCAACUAAGACAACGAAUGCGCCAACUACAACAACAAAAGCAACAACUACUACCACAACACCAAAACCAACAACAACAACUACUACCACACCAAAACCAACAACAACAACAACUACUACUACUACACCAAAACCAACAACAACAACAACAACGCCAUCUACGACAACGGUAGCACGUAUCGUCUUGACAACCAAUAAACCAAUAAUGAAAAUGACUAUUGGUGAGAUACUAAGGUUACAAUCGAAUAUGAAUGCCGAAGCAAACCAGGUUACCGUUAAGGCACAAGGAAGACCACGUGGUUGUCAUUACAAAGGGACAUUCUACAAGCCUCUUUCUGAAAUCGAGAAAGGUCAGACCGGAAACUGGUGCUAUGGCUCUUACUGUAAUCACGAAGGCGUUGUUGUUCACUGGGACGACCAUAAAUGCACAACAGCACAGACCGCGCCUUCAAUAACAAAGCCAACAGAAACCGUUCCGCCCGUAACCCAACCGACAGUAACCAAUCCAGUACAAACAGGCGGCAUGGGCGGAAUGGCUAGUUUUAUGAAUAUGGCCCAGAUGGCUGGUAUGGGCGGAAUGGCUGGUUCGGGCGGAAUGGCAGAUAUUUCUCGUUUUGCUGCAAUGAUGGGCGGCAAUGCUGGGUCAGGAGGAACGGGCGGAACUAGUGGAAGUAGUGGUAAUUCGGGGAUGGGAUGUUUUCACAAUGGAAAAUGGUACGCUCCAGGUGCGGAUAUUGAAAAUUUGAGGGACUAUGGACGUUGCUAUGGUACUUAUUGUAACUAUAAUUCAGAAAUUGUAAACUGGAAUGAUCGUUGUACUGCAACAGUUCCGACUCCAACGGCAGGAGGCAGCAUUAGUCAGAUGGGAAACAUGGAUCAAAUGGGCAUGGGCGGAGGAGGAUUAUGGAUGUCACAGAUGGGUAUAGGUGAAGGGGGGAUGGGAAUGUCACAGAUGGCGGCACUUAGUGGCGAAGGUGGAUUGGGUAUGGGUGGAGGGGGAAUGGGGAUGUCACAGAUGGCGGCACUAAAUGGCGAAGGUGGAUUGGGUAUGGGUGGAGGGGGGAUGGGGAUGUCACAGAUGGCGGCACUAAGUGGCGAAGGUGGAUUUGGUAUGGGCGGAGGGGGUAUGGGGAUGUCACAGAUGGCGGCACUAAGUGGUGAAGGUGGGUUGGGUAUGGGCGGAGGGGGUAUGGGAAUGGGAAUGUCACCAAUGGCGGCCUUUGGUGGCGAAGGAGGGUUGGGUAGUGGCGGAGAAACAGGUAUGGGUGGACAAGCUGGUAUGGGGACACAGUCGCAAGGUGGUUUGUCAAUGAGACAGCUACAACAACUAGACCUUAUAUAAGCUAUAUAGGACAAAUUCAGAUAGACAAAAAACAACUGGCUCUUUCUACCUCAGUAUUUCACAGUGUAACGCAUGGCGUGCAUUAAUGAAAUGGCAUUGCUUUUUUAUGAAAGUUGUAUCUAUGACAUACGUUACUUGUACAGACUUUGGAUCAAAAGUGGGAGAAACGUAAAAUCCGUAGGCGUUUCAAGAGUCCAUAAAUAUGUAUAAACGAACCAUAAUCUGGUUUAAUUUGUGUACAUAUCAGUGAACAGAACCAUCUGUGAGGACAAAACUGAAUGAAAGGCCGUGAAGGAAUGUCUAUUGUAACAACAUCGACCGAAAUGGAUAUUUUAUCUUCUGGGGCAUAGUGGCAUUCUUUAAGGUACUGGACCCGUAAAGACGAUCGGCAAUUUCCGUUUCAUUAUGUAUUUCCGGUUAAAUAGCGUAGGGGAACACGUAAUAACACUAAAAUUGCCGAUCGUCUGUGCAACCACCUUAAGUAAGAAUACUGGAUUACCAUAUUUUGUAAAAAAUAAACUGUUCCAGCAGAUGUAUUUUAAUUUUGAAAAAGAGGCGAAGUCCUAUUUUAUAUAUUCAGUAAUGUACUAACAACAGCUUCUUUUGUAAAGAUAUCUAAAUAAAACGUAAACAAUGAAUUCGUAUGCGUAAAAAAUAACUCGCACGUGAAAUGUCAGUCAAAACAAUACGUACUUAAAAAGCUUUUAUAACAUGUUUUAUGUCAGUAAAUCUUCUUUGAAGCAUAUAAAAGUCACCAUGUAAAGGUUUCAUGUCGCAAUGAAUCAAAUAAAAACUUACCAAAUAUAGUUCAGACUCACGAGUCGAGUUUAAUUAUUCAUUUUUUUUGUCGGAAGGAACAAUAUAUUUAUUGAAUUAACUAUGCUUAAGAGUAAACAUUUAUGCUGCCGAGGGUCGAAAUAAGUAAGUUAAUAACAUACCGAUAGUGUUGCUAAAGCGUUAUUAUUAUAGAAACAGGUCUUGCGGAAAAACUUUAUUUCCAAAAUAUAACUUUUCCGAACAGAUAAAGGUACCUUAAUUUGUACUGUAUUUACAAAAUUCGAAGCAUUUCACUGAACAUUUAUAUCCCCGAUGGUGUACUACACGAUAUAACAAUUUAAUUAAUUGUAUUGUAUCUUCUUUUUUUUCGCACGAAAAUGAUGUAGAAGAAAAAAAUGCUUGUGAAUUAACAAUGUUAUUUUCUGUUUCAAAUCUAGAGUUAUGUUAAGUUCAAUUGGAUUUACGCAGCAAACACGAAUUCCCACCGCAGCGAAUAGAAUGUGUCUACGGAUCGCUAAAAUUACAUGAAUAGUGUAGGCGGUCGUGAAUCGCGCAAAUAACAUGACUACCACGAAAAUAAUUAGACUCGUGUUUGCGGUUCGGCAACGCAAAAAUAACACGACUCCUGUAUGUGUGUCCAUUGCGAAAAUGACAUGACUCUUGAAGGUGUGUGUCCCCUGCGAAAAUAAUGUGAUUCUUGUAAGCAUCUGUGCCAGCCGCGAAAAUUACACGACUCUUGUGAGCGGCUCUCCACUGCGAAACAACACGACUUUUAGGCGGAUGUCCACUGCGAAAAAUAACACAACAGUUUCUCUUGUAGGCGGUUGAUAAACGCGUAAAUAUCACGACUCUCACGAAAACAGCACGACUCUUGUAGGUGGGUGUCCAUUGCGAAAUAACAGUACUCUUGUAUAGGCAGUUAACAAACGCGAAAAUAACACGACUUUUUUAGGCGGUCUGCAAAUGUGAAAAUAAUAAAACUCUUGUAGGAGAGUGUUCAAGUUGUGAAAAUAACAUGACUCUUGUAGGCGUGUGUCUAACGCGAAAAUAACGUGAUUCUUGUGAGCGACUGUGUCAACUCAUGGGUGUCAGUCAACUGCGAAAAUAAAGCGACUAUUGAAGGCGGCUGCCCACAGCGACAAUAUAACGUACGCGACUCGUGUGGGUGGUUGUCCAUCGCGAAAAUAAUGCAACUCUUGUAGACGGCUGUCCAUCACAACAAUUACAUGAAAUAGAUGCUGUAAAAUGACCUACACUUCUUCAGAACAUUUCUGUACUUGUUGAUAGCGGUUAACAUAUGUAUAAUUAUGUAACUAAUCAAAUGCAUUUAUCAACAUCAACACUACUCAAAAGUUUAAAUUCUAAACAAUAGCAUAAUUGUCAACUUCAGUUUUUGUUGUUUUGUUUAUGUGUUGUUGUUUAGUAACGGUUUAUAUAAUAAAGUUGUCAAAAUGCA